AUGGGCAAAAAAUCGGGAAAACACAAAGCGAACACCGGUAACGACUUGCAACUGCCUCGACCGGCGGACCAGGUCCGAUUCCUCUACCAGCCGGCGCUGCCGGGCGGCGACGAGGCGAGCACGCUGAACAAGCUUGCCGAACGGGCGGGGGAGAGCACAGCGAGCUGGAAGGCCAAAAUCGAAAGCCGGGUGCUGCAGCUGAACGCUGCUGUCCACGAAGAGGCGACCGCUCUCGUCGGCCGCCAGCCCGAGCCGUACACCGUUAGACACAGCUUCACGAAGUUCAGCGGAAUCAGCAAUCGCGCUGCCAAACGUGCCGGGUUGCUGGCCGUGGGACCGGAGGUAGACUUCGAACACGCCCAGGUGCUGCGGACGCUGUGGCAGGAAUAUAUCGCAGACGUGCUAGGCAAACACAACGCACCGGUGCACGUCGCACGCAACCUCGCACUGUGUGAUCUACAUGGCGCAUAUGUAGAGGUUGUUGGAAGCGCUUGCGCCGCCUACGUAGGCAUCGCAGGGAUCAUAGUCCGCGAAACCCACCACGCCUUCUACAUCGUCAAGAGCGAUUCGAAGGUGGCAUUAGUGCUCAAGGAGGGGACGAUAUUCGCCCUGGAGUGGGACCGUUGGAAGUUCCACAUACACGGGGCGCAUUUCGCGGCCACGCCGGCGCAGCGCAGCAAGCGCAAACUCAAGGCGAAAAGUAAACUGUAA